AGAAAAUCCUACGAAAAAAAUAUAUUCUGGCAUUUACGCCGUUAUAAGUGUGUUCUUGAAAAGAGAUUUGACCAAUACAUCUUUGCUUCAAUUUCAUUUUUGCUGCACCUUUUCCACCCUAAUAUUCCAUUCUUUUUUAAUUUUGCAAAGCCUGUUUCUCAUAAAAUUUUUGUUACUUGUCUUUUUUUUGUUUAUUUGCACUUACCUCACUUAACCUUACCUCGCCUCGCUUCACCACCCUGUGUAUUGCAUGACACGCCUCUAUUAGCAUCACUUUGGCAUAUUCACUACUAUUUCUUUUUAUUCUACUUGACCCACCAUUGGCACUUAUCAACGUUGCCCUCUGGUCGCACUCCAUACACACCAACACCAACCCUGGUAUCUCUUACGCCUUAGCAAUACGCGGGAUAAUAGCAGACAAGCAGGGUCAGCACACCUCUUUUUAUUUCGUUUUUGAAUUCAAUUUGAAUGACUCGCUCAAUCCAUUCAGACAUGUAUUCGUGGCAGGAUAUACUUCCGCGCAUGGAGGAGAUCCGCAGGCAGGCAACAGACCAGUUUAUCGCUGCGUGGAGGGGCUCGCAGACCAAAAAGGUCAACGAUUUUACUUGGCACGAAACGGUCGGAUAUGUAAUAGUAAAGCGCGACGAUGAUUCCCGGCGCGUCGUGUUGAGUCCCCGAGUGCCCGAAAUUCUCCGAGAGCUAGGAUGCGACCUCACCCUCGCCUCAACCGGCAUGCACCCACAGGUCCACGACAGAGAAGCAUCGAGCAAUCCUGGUGACACAUCCGCCAAUGUGGCAGCAGAACAGACGUCCUGGCGCCCAGCCCACGCCCGGUUUGCCCUUCGAUGCGAGCCACAAUACCUGCGCGAAUUUUGUGUCGGUCAGCUGGCAACUGGUAUUUCUGAAUGCCUGCGAGAGCGGCGGCGCCUGCUGAAAAGCAAACUAAAGCCUGACGAGAUGCUGCUCUCUGUGGGGCAGUUUCCGCUUCUCGGUGCUGACAUAUACAUUGAGGACCAGGACCUAACCAACGGCCCUCUGCUCCGCAGCAUGCUGUUGUCAGAAAACUGCCUCAACCCAAUGCCGCCAUUCACAUUGGAGAUUGGGGGGAUCAUAGAUCGCCGCGGAAUUGUUCCUUACACAGCUGUACCAGUGUUUCGCGAUGCUAACACGCCGUGGCCGUUUGCAGACAAGGAUCUUUCGUUGGAAACUUUAGACUUUGGCAUCCUGCAGAGCGCCGUUGGCCUUGAUGGACACGCCCGCACUGCUGGGACACCCGCUGUCCCUCAGCAUGCUGUCGCCAGCGUUGGCAACGUUGCCGCGCGCCCAGAAGCAGCAGUAGAGACGCCAUCAUAUUCUGCCGAUGCGAGUGCCUUUAAUGGCGUUCCGUCGAGAGACACCCAGAGGAUGCCGUACGCUGUGAAUCCGUCGCCGCUGCCGCUGAUGUUUGAAAUGCCAUCGGGCAAAAAUAGUUUACUUUUGGACUCGCCGUUGUAUGGAAUUGGCAGUGGCGGCGUGCUGCGCGUAACCCUGUGCGCGGCCGACCUCGGCGAAGCGCGCAUUCUCUAUGACCAGCUAGCGCCAAUCUGUGCUAUCAUGACUGCCUUGACUGCAGCCACGCCGAUCGUAAAGGGGCACCUGACCAACCGCGAUUGCUACUGGGAUGUGCAGUGCAGCGCUGUAGAUGACCGCUCGGCACAGGAGCGUGGGAUUGUACCACUUACUACGGCCAAGGGCACGCUACUAAAGUCGCGCUUUGGCUCGAUUGACACGUACUUGGGGCCCAGCCCGACAAGCAAAAACCUGGCAUUCCACCCCGAAAUCAACGACUGUCAGUACACAUACGAUAGCUGCUCGUACUGGAAGAUGAAGGACGGCGGUGUAGACAACCUUUUGUCCCAGCAUGUCGCGCGCUUGUUCAUUCGCGACCUGCACUACGCCUCGGCAAAAAUGCUGGGCGACAACAACAGCGGGAGCGGGAACAGAGCCGAUGGCAAUGACAGAAGUGGCAAUGGCAAUGACAAUAGAAAUGGCAGCAGUGCAAGUGCAAGUAUUGAUUCGGAUGGCCAGGAGCAUUUUAAGCGCUUUCUCGGCUGUAACCGCCAGAAUGUCUGCCUGUAUCCUCCCAAUACUAGCACGGGCAGCGGCUGGGAGAUCGAGUUUAUGUCGCUGGAGGUGCAGCUUACAGACGCCGAGAAUGCGGCGCUGAUUACGUUCAUUGUGCUGCUCAGCCGCGUCAUCAUCUCCUACCGCCUCAACCUCUACUUGCCGAUCUCGCAGAUGGACCAAAACAUGUCGCGGGCCCAGAAGAUUAACGCUGUCAAAGACCAGCAGUUCAUCUUCCGGCGCGACGUGUUUAGUGGAAAGGAUGGAAACUCCAGCAGCUCGGGGCGCAUUCCGUGGCGCGGCAAUGUCAGAAGCCGGCCCGACCCGCACAUGCCGGGCUCUCCGGUAGAACAGGACCAGUUUCAUAGGCACAUUGGCAUCAAGUCGCCCGAGUCAGCCGAAUAUGUCGAGCUGACGGUCGACGAGAUACUGAACGGGUCACCGAAACAUAGGGUCAUGGGGUUGCUCAAAAUCAUCCAGUCGUUUUUGCCAACCUUGCAUCUGGAGUACGACGUCGAGAGGGAGGUGCGCCGCCAGCUGUGGCUGGUUGAAAGGCGCGCGAGCGGCAAGCUGUGUACGCUGGCGACGUGGAUGAGGCGCUUUGUUCGGAACCACCCAGAGUACAAACGCGACUCUGUCGUGCCUCCAUCCAUCAACUAUGAUAUGCUGCGGACCAUGAACGACAUUGAGGAAGGGAAGAUAAUGGCACCCGAGCUGCUGGGAUGAUUGAUGCUACAGCUCCACCACACACGCGCAUGCAUGCAUGGCACCUCUUGAGGCAUUCAAUCCGCUUGCGCACAUUCUUAAUAUGAAAUACACGCAGAUUCACAGCGCACUUCCACCAACAGCUAAAUUUGCUGCAACACACACUGCCAU